GAGGGGUGGGUAGUUUUAAUCCAAGCAGAUUAUGCCCUAAAUUGGGUGACAGUCAGAAGAGGCUGCAUCGGAACGUCGGUAAAUCAAUGGCUGCUGUCUGCACGCGUCCCUCCUGCCUUUUUCCUGGGAUAUUUUCAUCCGAACAUUCUCAGUGUGACAGCAUGUCAGUCUGAUCAGUGCGUAACCUGUUCAUCUGUUCUGGGCUAGCAGUAAAGGAACCAUCACCAGCAAAGCACAGAAAGGACCUACAGUUAACCAGAUGGUGACGACAACCAUGCAAAGUUCUGGUAAAUACUUCUUGGAUGGUUGACUGGUCAUAAUGAUCUAAAUAGUGCCUUUUCAUUAUGGAAUGUUUGGAUCUCUUCAACAUCUAACAACUGAAGAUUAAAUAAGACUGUGGUGCUUUGGGUCCAUAAAGAGGAGAGGUUGACUGCCAGAUGGUUUUUAGAUGAGAAGAUAAUGUGAAAUGGUUGGAGGAUGACAGAAUCCAGACACUCUGUGCUCAUAGACACCAAGGAGAACAUUCUGGGUCACACGUUCAACUCAGUUAAAAAGGAAAUAAUGGGAUAUCCAGUUGGUUUACCCAACAUCAAGAACCUUUCCCCCACAGACUACCUGGGAUGCUCCUCAACACUUUCUUGAGGCUUGUUGAAACUGAGGUGUGUUGCAUUGUUUUGUUGCAUUCUGAAAACUGAAACGUUGGAGAGGAGCCAUAGCUAGCCUACUGGACCUGUACCUCCUCAGGUGAUCCACUAGACCCAGGCAGGAUGGGACUAGGACCAAGAGCGGGGUCAGGUGGAGUAAAAAAUAGGAUGGGACAAAGAAGGACCCCAGCGCAGCUGAGGCCGGGCCUGUGGAUCCUGUGUUUCGGCUGGUUUUGCUCCACCGCUUAUGCUCAGAUGAAAAUACCGCCUGAGACUGUCCAGGUUUGGGCAAAUAAACUUUCAGUUCAACUACGGGAGGUUUCCACAACAUACUCGGGAGCUCACAUUCUUCAAAAGAAACUUAAAGAUGUGGAAUCCAGUAUAAAGAUAGUGGAAAUAGAUGGGAGAGAGCAACUUAGGGACUAUGCCGAUGACAUUGAGAGAAUGCUGGGAUCCAAGAUGAAGUCUGUUAAGAGGUUAGCUGAGUCUGCAGAGGAUGCAGAUUUAUACCAUGAUUUCAACAAAUCUCUACAGUUUGACUACUAUAACUCCAUGCUGGUGAAUACAAUCGAUGACGAUGGUAACUUUGUAGAGCUGGGUGGGGAGUUUCCUCUGGAGGAGAAUGAGCACUUCAACAACCUGCCAGUCAACACAAUUCAGAGCGAUGUGCAGGUUCCCACAAACGUUUACAACAAAGAUCCCAACAUCCUCAAUGGAAUCUACAUGUCGGAGGCUCUGAACGACGUGUUCAUCAAUAACUUCCAGAAAGACCCAACCCUCACCUGGCAAUACUUUGGCAGCUCUACGGGAUUCUUCAGAAUCUACCCUGGCAUAAAAUGGACGCCAGAUUCGAAUGGCGUGGCUGCGUUUGACUGCAGGAACCGUAACUGGUACAUCCAGGCUGCCACCUCCCCGAAGGACAUCAUCAUCGUGGUAGACAUAAGCGGCAGUAUGAAGGGCCUGAAGAUGACCAUUGCCAAACACACCAUCAACACCAUCCUGGACACACUGGGGGAGAAUGACUUUGUCAACGUCAUCGCUUACACAGAUUACGUUCGCUAUGUGGAGCCCUGCUUCAAAGGGACUCUGGUACAGGCUGACUUGGACAACCGCGAGCAUUUUAAGGUGCUGGUGGAUGAGUUACAUGUGAAAGGAGAGGGCAAAGUCGCAAAGGCCAUGAAGGAAUCCUUCAAAAUCCUCAACGAGGCAGCGGCCAUGGGCCAGGGCAGCCUGUGUAACCAGGCCAUCAUGCUGAUCACAGAUGGAGCCAUGGAGGACUUCAAGGAUGUAUUUGAAGAGUUCAACUGGCCCGAUCGCAGGGUGCGGCUGUUCACUUACCUUAUAGGCAGAGAGAUGACGUUCGCCGAAAACACCAAGUGGAUCGCCUGCAACAAUAAGGGUUAUUACACACAUAUCUCCACCCUGGCUGACGUACAGGAGAACGUCAUGGAGUACCUUCACGUCCUGAGCCGACCAAUGGUUAUCAAUCACAAUCAUGACAUCAUCUGGACCGAAGCCUACAUGGACACUGUGCUCCCUAAUACAAAGGAGCUUUUUGCCACAAAGGCUCAAAGUUUACUUCUCAUGACCUCUGUGGCAAUGCCUGUCUUCAGCAAGAAGAAAGAGACUCUGUCACAUGGAAUCCUUCUGGGAGUGGUGGGUUCAGACAUCCCUCUUCAGGAGGUAAUGAAGAUGGCACCCAGAUAUAGGCUUGGUCCCCAUGGUUAUGCCUUUCUCAUCACCAACAAUGGUUAUAUUCUGGCACACCCUGACCUACGACCCCUGUAUAAAGACGGUAAGCAGCUGAAGCCCAAGCCCAACUACAAUAGUGUGGACCUCUCUGAAGUGGAGUGGGAGGACAUAGACGAGACACUACGGACAGCCAUGGUAAAAGGGGAGACGGGAGCUCUUACCUUAGAUGUGAGAGCAUCAGUGGACAAAUCGAAAAGGCCUUUGUUUUUAACAAACGAUUAUUACUACACAACUAUCAACGACACCCCAUUCAGUUUUGGCAUGGUGCUGACGAGAGGUCAUGGACAGCUGAUGUUCAUAGGAAAGGUCUCUGUGGAAGAGGGCCUGCAUGACCUGACAUCGCCUGACUUAUCCAUAGCCUCGGAGUGGACGUAUUGUGAGACAGAUAUUGACCCUCAUCAUCGUAAAUACACUCAGCUCCAAGCUAUGAUCCGCUACCUGCAGGGGAAGGAACCUGACCUGGAAUUGGACACAUUAUUCUGUUCCACUGAAGUGAAUUACAGUACUAUUACCAUCAAAUGCACAGGUGACGAGGUGCUACUGCGGCAGACUCUGUUUGAUGCUGUAUUGACAGCGCCUUUAGAAGCCUACUGGCAGGCGGUCAUGCUAAACGCAUCUGGGGUGGAGGAAGGUGUGGAGACUGCCUUUCUGGGAACUCGUUCGGGCAUCCUCCGGCUCACCAGGUACAGCGGCAUUGAGACCAGGAUCGCCAGGAAGUUCCUGACUCUGGCAGAUAAGGAGAACCUGUUCACCGUGGACCACUUCCCCCUGUGGUACCGCAUGGCUGCGGAGAACCCCCCUGGACGUUUCCUCUACUACAUGCCUGUGGAAGAACAAGGUGUCAAAGAUAAGACAGGGACGUCAAAGUAUGUCAUAGCCGUCACAGCUGUGACCGUGUCAUCAGGAGGCAGGACAGCCAUGGCUGGAGCCAUUGGAGUGCAGAUGUCCUUGGAGAUGUUGGAGAAGAGGCUAUGGGCCAUUACCUUUCAGCCCGAUGACACAGAUUGUACUGAUGUAGAAGGUGUCUGUCCUCUCAGCUGUCAGAGCAGUGAUGUCAACUGUUUCCUUGUGGACAGUAACGGCUUCAUUGUGGUCUCGAAAGAGAAGUCAGAGGUCGGGCGUUUCUUCGGUGCAGUGGACGGGUCGGUGAUGGCAUCGUUGAUCAAGUCGGGCAUGUUCAAGAAGGUGGAUCUGUAUGACUACCAAGGCAUGUGUAGAACAGGACACAGCCAUUCCAGUGGUGCCCGCCCACUUCUUAGUCCAUUCUACGGCCUUUCUGCAGUGAUUAAAUGGUUCUUCUCUCACAUGCUGAUGUUCUUACUGGAGUUCAACUUCUGCGGGUUGUGGCAUUCGGAUUACGUUGUAGACGCCAAGGCUGGCUACCACACAUCCCAUAAAGCCAAGAAGUCUGAAGCACUGCAGCCGUGUGACACAGAGUACCCUGGCUUCAUGUUAGACUUCUCCAUCCGAGAGACCAACAGUCUCAUCAAAUGUGGCCGUUGUCAGAAAAUGUUUGUGGUGCAGGCCAUUCCUGAAAGUAAUUUGGUGUUGAUGGUGGUCCAGGCGGACUGUGACUGCUCCCGCCAGUACCCUGCCAUCCCCCUGGAGCCCAAGGAGAUCAAAUACAACGCAUCCGUCAAGUGUAACAGGAUGAAAUCUCAGAAGGUCCGCAGACGCCCAAAGUCCUGUCAUGCCUACCAUCCAAAGGAAAAUGCCAAGGACUGUGGAGGAGCUUCAGAGAUCAGCCUAUCAUUGGCCCUCUUCCUGGCUUCUUUAUUCACCUCAUUGGCCCUACGCAGAUGGACAUAACUAGGCUCCAUCUCUCUAAUGGCCAGUGGUUCUCGGAUGGACAUGAGAAUUCAGACCAAACUAUUUUCUCAUUCCGUUUCUACUUCCUUAAAAACUGUCAGCCACAUAAAGGACCUGCCAACACAGUAGUAAAAGUCAGUUCUGGAGCACCAAGGGCUAUUUUCUAGUAAGAAUCAUGUUACCACUCUGACACUCAGAGUCAACGGUCCAUUAAUGCCACGUCUACGCUUCAGACUCUUCUAUGAGUUUGUGGACAUCUGAGGAACUGGGAGUCUUAAACAUUAUAGGAACACUACUGCCCUCUUCUGAAUAAUUAGUCUGAGUGCAGACAGGACAAACCACCCAGACAGAUGAUAUGCAGGACUUUCAGGAACAUAGGAUUUCUUUGCUUUUUUUGUGAUUUUUAUACACAGUAACAUUAAGAUGUAAUUUAUUGAUAGUGGGUUUUGUUUUUUUUUAUGUGGAAAUGAAUUACCAUACCAAAACUGUAUUACAAACCAUGUUUGUAGGUUUGCGUUUCUAGGCAAUAAUGUAUGUCAUGACACUAGCUCACAAGCUACAAGCAGCCAUAGAACACUGUUAGGGGUUAAGUGCCUUGCUCAAGGUCACAGUGGCAGGAGAUCUGAGUUUCUGACACCAGCAACCCUUUAGUUGUUGGAUGACUCCUGCCAAAUUCUUCCCCUGUGAAAUCAUUCCAAGUUCAAAGUUGAUAAAUGUAUGAAUUUCAUGAUGUAUUUCAAUGUGAUUCAUUUUCAAAUCAUGUACAUUUAGAAGCUAGGAAUUAAUGUAAAUGACUUGCCAUAGGUGCUUUCAUAUCUUAAUAUUACAAUGCACUGAAUAUAGAAACGUGUCUGGUUUCUUUCUCCGUAUGGUCCAUACAGGUCAGUGUUCCAAGGAUCCUUUGUUUUAAUACUCAUUGUCAUCCAUUUCUCCCAUCCAAGAAGAGCUGAUAAAGAAUGUGCUCAUGAAUGCUGCCAUUUUCCAAUGCAGAGUUUACCAUAGCCUAAGUCACACCAUAUGCCGGCCGCAUUGAAAAUGCCUUUGCACAGGCCAUCGGUCAUCGUCAAAUGGCACUAAUGUGGUUGGACAACAGUCUCAACGCUAAAUACUUAAAUAAGGGUCACGACAUUAUGGUACCAUUUCUAUUGUAGGCAUAAGCCUAAUUAACCUGAUGUUUCAGAGCAGUAGCCACUGAUCAGGAUGUGUUUAACUGGUUGGUGAAAACGAGAGAACUGAAAUAAUGAGAAAGCCCACUGCAUUUAUUGAUCAAACCAUUUAUACAAUGUAGUAUGCACAUCGCUAUCAUACGGCUUCUGACAGACCCAAAUGGAAACCACUUGCAUCCACCAGUAACACUUUACAAGAGAUGGUAACAGGUAAAUGUACUUUUAGUGCACAAUUGAAAACACCAUCAAUUACACAAACAUUUUAUGACAAAAGAUAUAUACAAACUUUCGCUCCAGAGUAUUACAUACUUAAAAUAAUUAAACAGACAUUCAGUGGAGAUCAGAUACAAUGUUGGAGUACUGGAAAUCCUAUUAAAAGGGGAAGGCAAGAGGCUUUUAACAAACCUGUAAGAGAGCAGUUCAUUUGAAAAUAUCGCUUUGAAGUGAGGUAGCAAUAUCCUGAUUUACACAGAUCAUCACUAAAUUCUGCAGUGUCACACGCGGCUGCAUCAAUGCAGGCCUGAGAGGAGGAGGUGAACUUUUUAAAAGGUCUUGGGUAUUAAAUUGUGGUCUUUCUGCCAGUAACAUUUUGAUAAACUAGAAUAUAAUCUUAAUAGUAAUCUUCAUUAACAUUCAGUUUGUGAAUUAUUUCAGAAGCAGACCUUUUUUUCCCCUACUAAACAAUUACUUUGCCCAGAACGUCUUAAGGGAAAAUGCAGAUUAAUGCAUUAACGCAAAUUCAUUGGGACAACAACAACUUUCAAAUGCAGAAUUCGUUUCAGGGAGAAAAAAUACAAUGGUGAAUUGAAUGUUACCAGGAGGUAAAAUCCCUUUUGAAAUAAAGAGCUGAACAUAAA